CAUUCCGCCACAAUCCGUGGUCGCGUACAAUCGUUCCUCCGGCUCGUUCUCGUUGCGCGUCGUUUUUGAGUGUUUUCCAGGAGGAAGAUACCAAAACGGUCGGUUUUGAUGUUAUGGCACGCGAAAUACCAGCAGGUGAAUGAGGUUGAUGUGUGCGUGUGUUCCGGUAGAGUUUCAAUUUAGAAAGUGAGUAGAUACAUUUGAAGACAAUUUUAUUUGGUGUGUUAUUCGAAAAACGAAAUAUGUGGUCGGCGAAGUGUUGCGAUUUUUGCGGGUUAUACCGUGGAGUUUUCGCAAUUUUGAUAUCUUUUGUGAUGGUGGUUGGGUUUAAUUUGGAUGUGGUUCAAGGAGAUGACAUCGUUUGUGGUCAUCCGGCUGUUCCACGAAAUGCCAAGGUGACACUGAGUUCAAACUCUUUAAUAUCUGGGACUACAGCAAAGUACGUUUGUGACGAUGGCUACGAAACCUUUGGAAAUACGUUAUUGACGUGUGGAGCAACGGGUCGCUGGGACGGUGAAUUACCAUUUUGCGGUACGAACAUUGCGUAUAGAAAACCUGCAAAUCAAUCGACAACAGUUCGAGGUGGAAACCCACAAAAUGCUAACGAUGGCGAGAAAAACACCGAACAUGAUGGUAAAAGGUGUACGGAAACGCAAAAAGAAGUUAGUCCGUUCUGGCAGGUGGAUCUUUUAAGACCUUACGCUAUCAAAGUCGUUCGAAUUACGACGAGGGGUUGUUGUGGUCACCAACCGUUACAAGAUUUAGAGAUCAGGGUCGGAAAUAGUAGCAGCGACUUACAAAGGAAUCCGCUGUGUGCUUGGUUUCCGGGAACAAUAGACGAAGGAAUCACGAAAACCUUCACCUGCGCCAGAGUUCUUAUCGGACAACACGUUUUUCUGCAAUUAGUUGGUGUUGAAGGUUCAUUAUCUGUUUGUGAAGUGGAAGUAUUUACAACUGAUGAAUUUUCGAUUGAUCGGUGCGCACCAAGAUUAGCGCCGGAAGAUGCUCAACUCGCCGCGUUCGAUCACACGUGUUACGAGUUUGGCGUAGGUCGUGGUGGUUCUUUUGACGAGGCCAGGUCGUACUGUCGUGGACACGGAGGGGAUUUGGUCCACGGAAUGACUCAAGCAGCGACCACGUUUUUAUACGCGGAACUCGAACGAAGAAAACCGAGCCUAAAGACGCAACUGGUAUGGAUCGGAGCGCUAAAAGAUCCAGGUCUCGUUGCGAAAACAUGGAAAUGGGUCAAUGGUGACCCUGUAUUAAGACCUUCGUGGGGAAAAAAUCAACCCAACAACUAUAACGGGGAACAGAAUUGUGUGGUUUUAGACGGAGGAAGCAGUUGGUUAUGGAACGACGUGGGUUGUAAUCUAGAUUAUUUACAUUGGAUAUGCCAACAUAAACCGCCGUCAUGUGGUAGUCCGGAUAAAUUGCUUAAUACCACAAUAAUAGGAACUAAUAACAGCAUAGGAGCAAACAUUAGUUAUCAGUGUCCAUUGGGGCAUAUGUUAGAGGGAUCCGGAAAUAGAACUUGUGGGCGAGAUGGAUUUUGGACUGGAAUGGCUCCAAGUUGUAAAUAUAUUGAUUGUGGAUCACUACCACUAUUAGAACACGGCACAGUUGAAUUAAAGGAUAAAAGAACAUCGCACGGCGCGGUAGCAAUUUAUUCUUGUCAUGAAAACUACACUUUAUUUGGAAAGGAAGAAAGAACCUGUGGUGACGGAGGUUUAUGGACGGAGUCCGCGGCGAAAUGUUUAUUCGAUUGGUGUCCAAAUCCGCCUUCAAGUCAAGGAGGUCUCGUUACUACAACGGGAAAUAGAGCUGGGGAUACAGCUACCUAUACUUGUCAACCGGGUUAUAUCCUUUUUGGUCAAUCAAUUUUAUCAUGUCGACUUGGCGGGGAAUGGUCGGGAAAAGCACCUUCUUGUAAAUUCGUCGAUUGCGGGGCACCUCCAAAUAUCGACCAUGGAAGAUACAAAUUACAAAACGAUACAACUACUGUUGGAAGUUAUAUUGAGUAUACUUGUGAUGAAGAUUACUGGUUGGAUGGCGAACGUGUACAACAUUGUACUAGAGAAGGAAAAUGGUCUGCGGAUGCACCAUCUUGCGAAUUAAUUGUUUGUGAUGAACCAGGAGUUGCGGAAGGAAGUUAUGUAGUUGGAUAUGAUUUUAACGUACACUCAAUGAUUGAAUAUCAUUGCGAAGAAGGUUUCUUAUUAAGAGGAGAAGCUGUAAGAACAUGCACAAGGGAAGGGGAAUGGUCUAAAUCUGCACCAACUUGCGAAUAUAUUGAUUGUGGAAAAGUAGCUGCUUUACCAAACGGAAAAAUAACAUACGUUAACGAUACAACAUAUUUAGACAGUAUAAUUCAUUACUCAUGCGCAAACUACUACAGACUUAGUGGCGUCCCAAGAAGAACUUGCUUAGAAACUAAACAAUGGAGUGAUAAUGCACCGAAAUGCGAAGAAAUAAGAUGUAGUGAACCGAGUAUACCAGAACACAGCAUUCUUUCGGUGACCGGCAACGAUAGGAUGUACGGUCGAACAUUAAUUAGAACAUCCGAAUCUUCAAAUGAAGGGGCGAGGUCUUAUAAAAUCGGUGCAAUAUCUAAGUAUAGAUGUGAACGUGGAUAUAAAGUUAUUGGGGAACCUCUUAGAACUUGUGAAGAUACUGGUAAUUGGAGUGGUGAUGUUCCUCAAUGUGUUUAUGUUAAUUGCGGUGUUCCUGAUAACUUAAUAAACGGAAAAGUAACAUUAGCAUCAAACGCAUCUUAUUACGGAGCUUUGGCACUUUAUGAGUGCGACUCAAACUUUGAAAGAGACGGAAUUUCGAGAAGAUUAUGUUUAGAAAAUGGAACGUGGAGCGGAGAAGCACCAGUUUGUAAAGAAAUUCAAUGUAAAAAUCCCGAUUCAUUGGAAGGAGUUACAUUCCACGUGAGUACAUUUAGUGUGGGCGGAAUUGUGCAUUACAUGUGUCCAAGAGGACACGUAAUGCAAGGAAAUUCAACUAGGAUUUGUUUAAAGAAUGGAAUUUGGAGUGGAAGGGCCCCUGUUUGUACUCCUGUCAAUUGCAAACAUCCACCGAAAAUUGAGAAUGGAAGAGUUUUGGUAACGAACGGAACUGUUUAUAACAGUGCUAUAGAAUAUCAUUGUGUGCCUCAAUAUAAUCGUAUUGGGCCAUAUUUGAGAAAAUGUAUGGAUACCGGAGAUUGGUCUGGUGAUGAACCUCGCUGUGAAGUUGCUGUUGAAGAACCGCAAGAUUCCAAUAUUGGUACUAAUAUUGGUAUUGGAGCAGGAGUAAUCUUCUUUUUACUAUUAGUAAUUGGAUUAACCUACUAUAAAUUAAGAAAAGCUGUACCUGUUAAAAAUACGGAAAACGUUGAAAGUGCCGAAAGAAAAGAAGAUAGAAACGCGGCAGUGAUGAGUUACGCAACAUUAAGUGAUAGGAAUGGAUAUGCGUCACAAAUAUCAAAGAAUUUAUAUGAAAACGCAGAGACGUUGUACGAUUCUCCGUAUGAUGAGUCUGGACGAGAUAGUGGUACUUAUGAACCAGAACCUGUAGGAAGAAAUGGUAACAUGGUAACAAUAAACGGAGUCGCUGUUAGGUAGAAAACCUAAAAAUGUGUAGAAAAUGAAAUAAUUACGAUUUAAAAGGAAUAAGUGGGAUUAGAACUGAGAUUUAACAACUCUAAUAACUAAUAAGUGAAGAACAAAGUCCUAAACAUAUGUAACUUAUGAUUAGUAAUACAAUCGUUUGUGAUCCCUACAACUAAACUGUCAUCUAAAAACAUUAAUAUUAUCGUAGAUGAUUCAAUAUUUCUAUGUAGACAGGUAAAACUUAAGAUUACCACACCACAAAGAAUUUUUUUAAGAACUCGUAUGAAUAGAAAAUGUAUAUUUUGUAACAUGUAAAUUAUUUGUACUAUAUGUCUAUAGUUAUUUGCACACAGUAUGUGAUUUAAAACUUGUUUUCUACAUUUAAAAGUUUGCGUUAAACGUUUAAAACCUGUUUUAAAUGGUGUGAUGUAUUGUGUAGUAUAAGUAUGACUGAGAAUUUUUGUAAAAGAUGUAAAGUAAAUAAAGAUUAUUUUUAUUAGGUUUUAA